GGCGUUGGCCGCCGGAAGCGGCGGGAGGCGGCGUGGGACCGGCGAGCGGUGCGGCGGCGACUGCGGCGCGGGUAGCGGAGCGGCUCCAGCCCUUUCCUUCCUUCCUCCCUCCCUCCCCCUGCGCCUCUCGCAGCGGUAUAGCGAUGAGCGGGCUCCGAGCGCCCCGCGGCGUCCCCGCGGCGCCGGGCUGCCUGCUUCUGCUGGGGCUGCUGCUGGUCGGCGCCGCCGCUGCGGAAUGCGAGCUGGAGGCUGCGGACGUGCCCGGCGGGCGGCGGGGAGCGCGAGGAAGCACCACCGCCUCUUCCUCGUCUUCCUCUGCGGCGGACAGCGCGGCGGUUGUGACAGAUCCCUGCAGUUCUCUCAGCCCACCGUGCUUUACUGAGGAGGACCGGUUCAGCCUGGAAGCUCUUCGCAUGAUCCAUAAGCAAAUGGAUGAUGACAAAGAUGGUGGAAUUGAAGUAGAUGAAAGUGAUGAGUUUCUAAGGGAAGAUAUGCAGUAUAAGGAUGCUUCUAAUAAACAUAGCCACCUGCAUAGAGAAGACAAGCAUAUCACUAUUGAGGAUCUAUGGAGACGAUGGAAAACAUCUGAAGUUCAUAAUUGGACUCAAGAGGACACUCUUCAAUGGCUGUCAGAAUUCGUUGAACUGCCCCAGUAUGAAAAGAAUUUUAGGGAGAGCAAUGUCAAUGGAACAACACUUCCCAGGAUAGCAGUAAAUGAACAUGCUUUCAUGAUCUCUCACCUGAAAAUAAUUGACCGGAGCCAUAGACAGAAGCUUCAGCUUAAAGCCUUGGAUGUUGUUUUAUUUGGACCUCUUACACGUCCCCCUCACAACUGGAUGAAGGAUUUUGUAUUAACAGUUUCUAUAGUUAUUGGUUUUGGAGGCUGCUGGUUUGCGUAUACACAGAACAGAACCUCAAAAGAACACAUCACAAAAAUGAUGAAGGACUUGGAAAGUCUGCAGACAGCAGAACAAAGUCUUCUUGAUUUGCAGGAAAGGCUUGAGAAAGCACAGGAAGAGAACAGAAAUGUAGCUGUGGAAAAGCAAAAUCUGGAGCGCAAAAUGAUGGAUGAGAUCAAUGAUGCCAAACGAGAAGCUCAUCGCCUAAGGGAGUUGAGGGAGGGAGCUGAAUGUGAGCUCAGCAGGCUCAAAUAUGCAGAGGAGGAGCUGGUGCAGGUGCGCAUGGCUUUAAAAAAGGCUGAGAAGGAAUUUGAGCUGAGAAGUAAUUGGUCUGUUCCUGAAGCGUUGCAGAAGUGGCUUCAGUUAACACAUGAAGUUGAAGUACAAUAUUACAAUAUCAAAAGACAGCAUGCUGAAAUGCAAUUAGCAAUCGCCAAAGAUGAGGCAGAGAAGAUAAAAAAGAAGAGAAGCACUGUGUUUGGAACAUUACAUGUUGCACACAGCUCUUCACUGGAUGAAGUGGACCAUAAAAUCCUUGAAGCCAAGAAAGCGCUGUCUGAGUUGACAACCUGCUUGCGGGAGCGCCUUUAUCGAUGGCAACAGAUUGAGAAGAUUUGUGGUUUUCAAAUAGCACACAAUUCUGGGCUACCAAGCUUGACCUCCUCUCUCUACUCUGAUCACAGCUGGGUAGUUAUGCCCCGAGUUUCCAUUCCUCCUUAUCCAAUUGCAGGGGGAGUUGAUGACUUAGAUGAAGAUACUCCUCCAAUAGUUUCACAGUUUCAUGGGUCCAUUGUAAAACCUCCAAGCACACUGGCAAGAAGCAGUAGCUUGUGUCGAUCAAGACGCAAUGUUGUGCCAUCAUCUCCACAGUCUCAGCAUGCUUUGCACUCCCCUGACCCUGACAUCCUUUCUGUGUCGAGCUGUCCAGCUCUUUAUCGAACUGAAGAGGAGGAGGAAGCCAUUUACUUCUCUGCUGAUAAACAAUGGGAAGUACAGGAAACAGGUUCGGAAUGUGACUCGUUAAAUUCGUCCAUUGGAAGGAAGCAGUCUCCUCCAUCUAGUCUUGAGAUGUACCAGACACUUUCUCCUCAGAAGGUAUCCCGGGAAGAACUUUCACUUGAGGAAUCAUCUACAGGAGACUCUUCUUCUCUAACUGCAGAUAUAUCUAGGGGCUCUCCUGACUGUGUAGGCAUGGCAGAAACUAAAAGCAUGAUUUUUAGCCCUGCAAGCAAAGUUUAUAAUGGAAUUCUGGAGAAGUCCUGCAGCAUGAACCAGCUUUCAAGUGGGAUCCCAGUUGUAAAGCCUCGGCACACCUCAUGCUCUUCAGCCAGCAGUGAUAGUAAACCCAGCCAAGAAGUUUGUUCUGUCCCUAGGAUAAGUAGCAUCCCACAGGACCUGUACCAAAAUGGUGAAAAAAACAAAAAGCCAUCAAAAAUAAAAAGCCUCUUUAAGAAGAAGUGUAAGUGAGGUGGGCAGAAGUCUGUAGUAACAUUAUAAGAACUCUUUUUUUAAAAAAAUCUUUAGGAAUGUAAUUCCAUUUGUGCAUUCCGUUAUUGAAUGGGAUGUUCUCUAGGUCAAUUCUAUUUAACUGACUCUUGUCAAAGAUCGUGCCAGCUGUCAAUGAGAAAUCAUUAAAAAUUUCAGACAGUUUACAUUCAUUUCUGCCUAUUUAUUUCUUUUUUUCUUCCCCUUUUGUUUAUUCAUAUACCCUUUUUAAGCCACUUUGGACUUAAAAGCUUUAAUGAACUAGUAAGCCUUCCUGGGCUUGCCAAAGUUGAUUGUUUACUGGAGCAUCUUCCUAUCUUUCCAUAGAGCUAGGACGCUUAUCUACUGGACUUCAAGAAAAAUAAAAAGAAGUAGAAUUAAUUGAAUUGCACUACUGUUUUACAGACUGGAAAAGUCUCUCUGCAAGUGAAACUGAAAGACUUGUAUUUGACUGAGAAGACGAAACUUUUCACUUUUAGAUUUUUGGGGUUUUUAAGUAGAACCUAGGAUUUCUAAUUGACUUGAUUUCUGGAAAUGGAAAUGCCACGCUUUUACUAUGGGAAGCUUUGUUAAUGCAUUUAUUAGAAUGGUUCAAGUCCUGCUGUAAAGAUAAUGUUUUUCCCAGGACUGUCACUGUGAUUUUACUUCACUGCAGGCUGUAUGAUAAAUUUAUAUAGAUGUGUGUAAUUUAACAAGAGAAGAAGCUCUUGAUUCCUUAUGCAAGUGAUUGAUAUGAAACUUGACUGGGGACUGAAAAUAUUCACCCUCUUAAAAUGAGGAGGGGAUUAGUAGCUUUUGUUUACAGACUGACAGACAAUGGACAUCUGGUUUGUGAAAGUUUGUACUGUGGCAAAGAUAAUAAAUUGGAAACAUUAUUGUGCUUUGGGAAUGUUCCAAUUUUAGCUGAUGCUUGUUUCGGACAUAUUUCAAAGUUCUGUUUAUUCAAAGCUCUUGUAGGCUACAUUGCUUAUGCUUACUGCUGUGUAUAAGUUAUUGUUACAUUUUUUUGGAUUAGCUAUUAAUGUCUUAAUGUCCUCCUUUUGUAAGAUUUCAUACACUUUAUUUUUGUAUAGUUUGAAGAUUUAGCUGUUCAGACAUGUCUGAAGUAAAUGGUAUAAUUUUAUAAUGCAUACUGUUAUACUAACUCAAAAUUUUAGAUAUAAAGGUGAGACUCAACGUGCUUCAGAAGGAGUUUUUGUUGAGCUUUUAUAUGGAGAGGUGAAAUUACUAUGAGGUAGCAAGGAAGCCUAUUUAGGGCAACAGUAGCUAAUUGUUCAAAACUUCUUUUUUUUUUUUUUAAACAGUAGGCGACAACAAAUGUACUGCUUGAGUAACAGUGCCUUUUAUUCAGUUUGUCUGAAAAUGUUAAUACUGAGCAGGAAUUUAUUUUGAGGUACAUUCCAAAGAAAUAUUUCUUGCUCUAGUGAACACGAGCAAUUUAUCCAGCGAUCACUGAAUUGUUUCAGCUCUUCCAUAGGGGUAUGCUAGUUGCCUCAGUAACGGGUGCCACUGCCAGCAAGCAGCCUGUGAUUAGGGGCUCAUUCCUCGCAAAUAUGUUCAUGCUGUACUGUAUGAAAGAAUUAAUUCACUGACUGCCUAAAUUUUUUUGCUAUUAAGGAGCCUUUAACGAAACCUGUAGCUAAUUGAAAUUGAAUGAUAUGCGUUUCUUUUCUGUAAUUUUCUAUUUAGGUUCCACUGUACAUAAGUGAUAUGUUAGUUCUGUCCUUAGUAAGUAGCAGUGAUGUUAACAGAAGUGUUUACAAUGGGUAGUAAAAUGGUUAGAAGAGGAACAUCAGAAGAUGGGAUGGAGAUGUUUAAGUACCUUAAAAGUCCUGGAACACUGAUUAAUUCUUUAAGAGAACAGAAAGAAUCCAGAGUUUUGCUGUCUGUCAAGGAAUGAUUGAACAUCUAUACAAAAAAGCUAAGGUGAAAUAAAAUAUUUAAGUUUUGGAGAAAAGGAAAAUUGAUGGAGUAGAAAAUAAUGAAACUAUAUUGUUCUCUGAAUCAUCAUUGAACAGUUAUAACUGCAAAAAUAGUCAUCACAAAGUAGCAGUGAUGUCCUUGAACUAAGAUUGCUUGCUCUGUCCUUGUUGGACUGUACUAAAGCACCUAUGUAAAAAGACUUUUGCCAGGGUGAACCACCUCAAUGCUGAGUCUUCAGUGUCCAUAGUGAGAAGCCUUAUGAAGUACUUGAAAAAUGUAAAAAGGGAAAAUGCAUAAAAUUAAGGAACAUAUUUUGCUUCCAAAUCAACAUAAAGAAAAAUACUACCAGAAAAUGUUCAAUUUUUAUCUGCGCUUGAGAAGGCUAUAGCAAUAAUUGAGUUUUAAUUAAGAUUUGAGGCUGGAUGGUAGAUGUUGUAAUGUGAAGUUUGAGGAAUUGUCUCUACCAUUACCAAAGGAGAUGAAGCAGCUUUUUGAUACUGGAGCGUAAAUAUUUACACAUGGAAAAAACAGUCUCGUACUGGGGAGUGGAAGGACAGUGCUUCCUAAUCACACAGUAGUAGGGGUUGGAAGGGACCUCUGGAGAUGAUUUAAUCCAACUCCUUGCUAAAGCAUUUUCCUUACAGAACUUGUGUGAAAGUCCUGAGAGCUCAAAUACUGAAAAGCCAAAUCAAGUUUUCUGUUGUAUGUGUAACUGAAAAGUAAAACAGAAGCAGUGGUCGAUUCUUAAUUGGCUGUGACUUUUUAAAGAAGUAUUAUCUUUCUUAAAAUACACAAUUUAACCAGCUUCUGGAAGAAAAAUAUCAUAGUAUUCUACAAACGAGAUUGUUAUAGUGAUAGGUUUUGGAGCACAGACUGCUUUCAACACUCAGUUCAUUACCAGCUGUCCUGUAAGUCUAUAGCUGCUACUCAAUAAAUAUAAUAACUAAAAGCUUAAGUUAAUACGAUUGGAAGCAGUAAGUACUGUAUGUUGGAGCAUAAACGGUAAUUGAUUUAAAUUCAUAGAGCUUUCUCCAUUAUUUAGUGGAGCCCUUACAGGUUAAUUUGUUCAUAAUCUAAAUGACUUGUGUUCCUGCUGUUAUGACUACUGUAGAAUUGUUUUUCUUCAACCCUAUACUGUCUUUUUUCUGCUCUAUUUUAAAAAAAAAAUUGUUAGGCAUCUGAUGAGGUAGAGAAAGGAAGGAAGGAUGUUGAGAUCAUAGACACUAAGGCAGAUCCUCGUUGGUAAACAUAAAAUCCAGCCUCAGCACUGAAGUACCUGGCAUGUGUCAACAUCUCAGAAGUGAGGAAUUAUAUACUUUAAAAGGUCCUACAAGUUUUACCUAUAUUUGUUUAAUAUCAUUUGAAUUAGCUGGCAGCCACCAAGUCCAAUCAGCAAACCAACUGCUAGGAUUGCUGUAUGACAUAGUCAUUUGAUGCAAUCUAGUCUCAUCAUUCUUCAGCAGCAGCAGACUUCCUGAGCUCUAAACUCUGCAUAGUUGUGAUCAGAGUUUUUUUUAUUUUUUUUUCUGUUGAAAUUCGUAUAGCUUAAAUUGUGUUCUAUUUUAAGUUCACUUUCUUCUGAAGGUGAGGAUCUUUGCUUUCUUAAAAAUUUUAUUAAAGUAUCCAUUGUCAGGAUAGGGGCCCCUUUGUAGAUGCUGUCUAGCCUCUUCAUGGAGAAUCGUGUCUGUCACCUGUAAAAGAAAGAAACGUCUAUUGUGGUUUCAUAUCAAGAAAUACGCUGUCAAGUAAACAAAAUGAAAAAAACCCAAACACCAAACCUUUCCACAGUUUCUUACUGAAGAUUAUGAUUUUUCUCUCUCCUUAUAGCACAAAAACUUUAGUAAAGGUAUUUCUGGUUGUCAUGGGGAAUGCUUUAUGACCAGAUUAGGAUGGACUUCUUUGAGAUUAAAGCUGUUAAUUUUUUUUCUUGGUGAAUGGUGGAAUUAAAAAUUGCACAUGCACAGUUCUAGAUGCAUACAGUAUACUUUUCUUUCCCCACUUAGCUAAUACCUAAGUAGCAAAUUACUGUGUACUUUCUGAUGGACAAUUGACUAAAGUGGAAAUUUUUUUCAUCAAAUUCUCCAUCAUAGUCUAUUUAUCCUUAUCUGGAAGCCUUGGAACCCAAGAAGACUUGACUUGUGUUUGUGAUGCGUAUGGAUGCGAGCUUGAGUUGGGUAUUAGUUUCAUGACUAAAUGCAUAAAAAUGAUUAGAAAUGGAAGCCCUAGAGUAUUCUGCUCUUUUUACAGUGUCAGGAUAGUUUCAUUCUUCUUCCAAGAUAGGCUGCUGAAGGAUUGCUAUCUUAAUUGUAUAAUGUAUGCAAAAAAAAAAUAAAAAAUAAAAAAUCAUUUACUUAGAAAUGGGAGAAGAAUGUGAAUAAACCCAAGUGUUUAACUUAAAUUUUUGUUUGAAGCCAAAUAGUGGAAUUACUGAUUCUUGGACCUCUUUACCAUUUGCUUUAUCUCCUUGUGCAAUAUAUUAAGGAUGGUGAACAUAGUUUUCUAACAUGUUCUAGUUGUACUGACUAAAGUGAUUUGUGAUUGAAACACAGCUUGCUCCCAAUUGGUCAAUGCAUUUUAAUCCUGGAUAUUGCAUCUUCGUUGAAUAAUGGUUGUUUGCUAAGGCUGUUUGAUUUCAAGUGCAUGUAAACUUUUUUGCUUUUGUCUUUUAAACACGGAUUUGGAUUUAGCCAAUAACAAAAAAAAAGGGUUUUGCCUGUGGAGUGUCAUAGCUUGACAUCAUCUAAAUGCUUAGAUAGCAGUGCUUUUGAGGCUGCAGUAGUUCAACAAUUUCAUGCACAUUUUUAGUAGACGGCUUUCCCUUCCAACUCACUUGUUGUGGUACUGAUCUGAAACUCCAUGUCGUCAUCUCUUGCACAAAUAGAAGGCACUGAUUCAUGAUAAUUACAACAACUUCAAACUCUUGCAUCUGAUGUUACCUAAGCUAGAUGGCAGUACUGGUCAAUCUGCUGUCUUUCAAAAGUAAAAAUGUAUUUGUUCAAUUUUUGAUCUGUUACUGGGAGUUUCAUGCUUAACAAAUUUAGAAUGCGUUCCACGUAUUUCAUGUGUCUCUGAAAUUCUCUUAAAUGGAAAUUGGUUGAUCUCAAGUGUUACAGGGAAAUCCUUACUCAUCACAUACAAUGAAAAAGAAUGCAAAGGCAUGUAUUAUCUGCUUCUAUAUCAGAAGGCUAAAAGAUAUUCACAGCUUUCAGUGCUGGAGAUGAGAUAUGAUCAAUCCUAGCGUUCAGAUCAGUAACUUUGUUCAAGAAAUUAACCUUUGUUUGCAGAACAAACUCUUCAGGGCAUUGCCUUGAUCUUUCUAUUCCAUUUUCAAACCAGCUUUAAAUUUGGUAGCUACAGCACUAACUUAAGUGAUCGCCAGACCUCAGAGCAGUUCUAGAUAAUGGUUUCAGUAGUAUGUCUCAAAGGUGACUUUGUUUAAUGUUGAUGACAUCUGAAUUAACUCUCCUUUAACAUUCCUUUUACUUUAAUUCUGCUCAAUUUUUUGUGAUCCUUCUACUGUUAGAAAAAAAAUAUACAGGUAAUGAUUGUUUGUGUUUAGAAUACAGCUUUUUUUUACUCAGUAAUUGAGAAUUACUGAUAGAUAAGUGGUAGAUUUUUUUAAAGACUGGAUCAUGAUUAGAUAUGGCUGUAUAAACAUUGCUGUACUUCAAUUGAGCAACAUAUGUCAUUGACUGGUGCAAUUUAUUUCAGUGGUAAAGUUAUCUGUCUGAAGUUGUCCUUGAUUUGUUUUUUUUUUAUUUGUAUCUUAACUUGAUGCUGCCCAAUUAUUUUCAGACUUGAAGUAAUUUGAAGUUAAGGUCAGUAUGUCCAGUCUUACAAAGGUCAGUCUUCAGUUGUCAGCCAUCAGCCCAUUAUUACUGGAUUUAAUUAAAAUUAGUCUUCUGCAGAAACAUCCGUCUUGAAUAUUUGUACUAGCUUAUUAGUUUGUUGGUAGAAUGGAUUUCUGGAGGUCUAUGGGUGAAAGGCAGAGAGCUGAAGUGAACCAGGUAACCUGUGUUCUUUUAUCAGCUUUGAAAUCCAUCUCCCAAUAGAAUUGAGUCUCCCCAGGGGAAUGUAGAUGUACCUUACUGCUUGGAACUUUGUAGUUAAUUAUAUUUGGCUCUCUAAUUCUAAUAACUGCAUGUGCGCCGUGCUUGCUUGCUUUUCAAUAUCUGACAAGAGCUAUGGGAGUUCUUAGGGGUUUGUUGAAAAAAAUUUAUGUAACAACAACCAAAAAAAGACUGACGAUAAUUCUGCCAGGUUGUUGAACCAACAUCCCAGCUUUUGAUCUGAAAGGCUCGUUUUGUGUAAUGAAUUGCGUAGCAUGUGUGUUUUCACACUGCUCUUCUGCAAGCAACAAAAAAAAAUAAAUUGCCCUAUAUGUUAGCAAGGCUGUUUGGGAAGUGUCUUGCCCUGUUCUUAUUUUCAGUUUAAAAAAAUUAGUAGUAAGUGUUCAGCAUAUUAAUGCCUGACUGAGAAGAUUAGCAGAAUUUGAAUGACUUGCAUUGUUUUGUUUAAUUACAGCUUUAUAAAAAUGUAUAUAUUUGCAUAAAGCCUGUCUUUGGUUCUAGGUUGUUUUCCAAUGACAUAAUAAAAAGAGGACCAAGACAAAUGUGUACACAGUUUAAAUCUUAUUCAAAAGGCUUUACUGUUCUGGGAAGAUACGAUGUCCUCCAUGCAGAUUCUGCUCUUCCUCCUAUUUUCUUCUGUUUGUUUUUGUUAACUGAACUGAAGUAAGAAACAAAGCCCUGGGACUGACUAGUUUCUGUCUCUCUAAUGUAUACACACUAUACUUUUGACUUCAUCUACUGCAUGUUGUUAGAGCUGUACACAAGUGCAGUUGGAGUAUUUCUUUGGUGUUGUACAGCAUGAUGCAUUUCAUCCCCCUUUCUGGUUUACCUCCCAUUAGCUAUAUAUUGCUUUACAACUGGAAAAAAACAACAACAAAAAAACUCACAACCCAAUAUCUGAGUUUUUGGGAAUUGAGUCUUUGUUUGCAUAUUUUUUUCUGUGAGUCUUAUGAGAAAUGUCCUGCUUGGAGAGUCUCAGACAGUAUUUUCUUGUGUUUAUUCAUGUUGUUUUGCUUUAUUUUAUAAGUGGAUAUUGAUUUCUGAUGUGUUGUUACACUUAAUGUUGAAUAAAUCUUACUUCCAUUUUGAAAAGUGAAAA